CUCUGGAAGGGAACGUGACCCAACCCCUCCCGGAGCUGCCGAAACGCGGCGCCCAGCCGCGCUGCGGGCUCGGGCGACCGCGGGAUGGGCGGGCGGACGGGCGCGCGGCCCCGCCCGGCGCCCACCGCCCUGCCCUCGCCUGUCUCCUCCUUUCCCCGGGGCUCCGCUGAGUUCAUUCACUGGGAUUGGUUUCAAGUGACGCCAUCUCUUUAUUUUUAAACCAAUGACCUCAUCCGCGCUUGAAGUUUCCUGACCAGCGACUCUUUCUCUUUUCCCCCACCCCCCACCCCACCCCCCCGCCUUUCCCCCUCUUUCUGUGUAUCACUGUUUGGGGGGCUUUAAUCAAAUUUUAACGAUUAUUCUCACCUCUCCCUCCCCCCUCCGCUUUCCCCACGCGGCCCCUACCUUUACCUCCCCAAGUUCUUCACCCUUUUCGAGACAUUUGUUUUUGGAAGUCUUGAUUUGGGGGGGUGGGUGGAAGAGAAAGAGUGAAGAAAAGUUGCAAACGUCUCCUCUUCCUAAGCCUCCCGCCCCCGCCUACCCCUUGAGAAGGAGAAGAUAAUAUAGUGAAAAGAAGAGGAGGAGGCGAGAGCGACCGGACGGGACGCGAGCGCAGCCGCCCUCCCGGCUCCGCGGCGGCCCCUCGCUAGCCCGGGAGCCGAGGGCCCAGAGAGGAGACGCCGUGACAACUUUCGAUUCCCUCAGAGGGAGUCGGGGGGUCGGUGGCCCCAGAAGCUGUCAGUCCAGUGUAAAGCUGUUGGAGUGAGGGAGCAAAGGUAAAGAAUGAUGUAAUGCACUGGCUGCCCCAAAGCAUCUUUUGUUGUGGAAUGGUUAUUCCAGUCAUCUCUCUAUGAAUCAAAUGUGAGGGACUGCUUUGUGGAAGGAGUCCUUUGCAAGAGCACAUCAACGGGAAAGAGAAAGAGACAUUCAGUUGGAGGGCUCUUGCUGAAAAUGGGUUUAACUCUCCUUUUGCCAGUCACCACCAGCCUGACCUCAUACAUUUUUAGUACAAUGGAGUGGCUGAGCCUUUGAGCACACCACCAUUACAUCAUCGUGGCAAAUUAAAGAAGGAGGUGGAAAAAGAGGACUUAUUGUUGUCAUGGCCCAUGAGAUGAUUGGAACUCAAAUUGUUACUGAGAGGUUAGUGGCUCUGCUGGAAAGUGGAACGGAAAAAGUGCUGCUAAUUGAUAGCCGGCCAUUUGUGGAAUACAAUACAUCCCACAUUUUGGAAGCCAUUAAUAUCAACUGCUCCAAGCUUAUGAAGCGAAGGUUGCAGCAGGAUAAAGUGUUAAUUACAGAACUUAUCCAGCAUUCAGCAAAACAUAAGGUUGACAUUGAUUGCAGUCAGAAGGUGGUAGUUUAUGAUCAGAGUUCCCAAGAUGUUGCUUCUCUAUCAUCAGACUGCUUUCUCACUGUACUUCUGGGUAAACUGGAGAAGAGCUUCACCUCUGUUCACCUACUUGCAGGUGGGUUUGCUGAGUUCUCUCGUUGUUUCCCUGGCCUCUGUGAAGGAAAAUCCACUCUAGUCCCUACCUGCAUUUCUCAGCCUUGCUUGCCUGUUGCCAACAUUGGGCCAACCCGAAUUCUUCCCAAUCUUUAUCUUGGCUGCCAGCGAGAUGUCCUCAACAAGGAGCUGAUGCAACAGAACGGAAUAGGUUAUGUGUUAAAUGCCAGCAAUACUUGUCCAAAGCCUGACUUUAUCCCCGAAUCUCAUUUCCUGCGAGUGCCUGUCAAUGAUAGCUUCUGUGAGAAAAUUUUGCCAUGGUUGGACAAAUCAGUGGAUUUCAUUGAGAAAGCAAAAGCCUCCAACGGAUGUGUCCUAGUGCACUGUUUAGCAGGGAUCUCUCGCUCUGCCACCAUUGCUAUCGCCUACAUCAUGAAGAGGAUGGAUAUGUCUUUAGAUGAGGCUUACAGAUUUGUGAAAGAAAAAAGACCUACUAUAUCUCCAAACUUCAAUUUUCUGGGCCAACUCCUCGACUAUGAAAAGAAAAUUAAGAACCAGACUGGAGCAUCAGGACCAAAGAGCAAACUCAAGCUGCUGCACCUGGAAAAGCCAAAUGAACCUGUCCCUGCAGUCUCAGAGGGUGGACAGAAAAGCGAGACGUCCCUCAGUCCACCCUGCGCUGACUGUGCUACCUCAGAGGCAGCAGGGCAAAGGCCUGUGCAUCCUGCCAGUGUGCCCAGCAUACAGCCAUCACUGUUAGAGGACAGUCCACUGGUACAGGCACUCAAUGGGCUCCACCUGUCCUCUGACAAGCUGGAAGACAGCAAUAAGCUCAAGCGUUCCUUCUCUCUGGAUAUCAAAUCAGUUUCAUAUUCAGCCAGCAUGGCAGCAUCCUUACAUGGUUUCUCCUCAUCAGAAGAUGCUUUGGAAUACUACAAACCUUCAGCUGCUCUGGAUGGGACCAACAAACUAUGCCAGUUCUCCCCAGUUCAGGAAGUGUCAGAGCAGACUCCAGAAACCAGCCCAGAUAAGGAGGAAGCCCACAUCCCUAAGAAACCCCAGACCACCAGGCCUUCAGAGAGCCAGAGCAAGCGACUGCACUCAGUAAGAACCAGCAACAGUGGCACCCAAAGGUCCUUCUUAUCUCCACUGCAUCGAAGUGGAAGUGUGGAGGACAAUUACCAUACCAACUUCCUCUUUGGCCUUUCUACCAGCCAGCAACACCUCACCAAGUCUGCUGCUGGGCUGGGCCUAAAGGGCUGGCACUCAGAUAUCUUGGCUCCCCAGACCUCUACCCCAUCCUUGACCAAUAGUUGGUAUUUUGCCACAGAGUCCUCUCACUUUUACUCUGCUUCAGCCAUCUAUGGAGGCAAUGCCAGUUACUCUGCCUACAGCUGUAGCCAGCUGCCCACGUGCAGCGACCAAGUCUAUUCUGUGCGCAGGCGGCAGAAGCCAAGUGACAGAGCUGACUCACGGCGGAGCUGGCAUGAAGAGAGCCCCUUUGAAAAGCAGUUUAAACGUAGGAGCUGCCAAAUGGAAUUUGGAGAGAGCAUCAUGUCAGAGAACAGGUCACGGGAAGAGCUGGGGAAAGUGGGCAGUCAGUCUAGCUUUUCAGGCAGCAUGGAAAUCAUUGAGGUCUCCUGAGAAGAAAGACACUUGUGACUUCUAUUGACAGUUUUUUUUUUUCCACAAAAAAUAUUCCCUGUAAAUCUGAAAUAUAUAUAUAUAUGUACAUACAUAUAUAUUUUGGAAAAUGGAGCUAUGAUGUAAAAGCAAGAGGUGGAUUAACACAGUUGUUCUCUUAGCAUCUACAUUUGAGAGAUCGGCUAAUAACUCUCUCAAGAAAAGUGGAAGGGCAGAUGUUAGAAUCCCCCCUAACCGGAGGAACCAACUUGUAUUCCGUGAAUUGUACAUCUUAUUGCUCCUACAGUAGCAACUUUUAUUUGGUGUCAGAGGACAAAAUCCCGUACCAUUUUCGUGUUAUGCUACAAUGAGAUCUCAAAUACUUGUCUUUGUCUAGUCCCUUCCAUAGUGCACCUUAGUGCUGAGACUGAGCCAAGCUGGUGGGUCGGGUGGGUAGACCCUCUUAGGGACAGAACCUAAUGGUAAAUCCAAGAGAAAUGAUCCUAUCCAAAACUGACUCACAAAUCCAAGCUCACCUGACAGCUGAGUGACACAAGCAUCAUUCUGCUGCACGGACCAUUAGGGGCCUCGCCCAGAUCUACUUUAGAACAAACCCAGUACCUCAGACAGGACAGUCGGGGCUUUCACCACUACCAUGUCUGGGAGCCCGUUUUCUAGGCAUUGUGAAUAGGUUGGUAGCUAGUCACACUUUUCAGACCAAUUUAAACUGUCUAUGCACAAAAUUCCAAUUGGGCCUGGAUGGACUAGUUUGUUUUCUUCCUUUUCUCAGCUUUAUUAAGAAAGAGAAGAGAAACCAUCUAGCAUUCAACUUAGCCACGAGUUUGGCAGCCUAAUGAUUUAAGCCAAGAUUGGGAGGCUAAACAAGUCUACCUCCCUCUUAAGAAUCAAAGAGUUAUUUAAAAUGGGAUUGUUAAUCCUUUAAUUGAAAUUAGCUUGGUUUAAAAUCAAAUGUGAAUUAUCUGGGUUCAUAGCAGAGCGUCAGCACCUUCGAGUUCUCAGCCAAAGUGGAUUUUUCCAUUUCUGUUUCAAUGCAUGGAUCCAGUUUGUAAAAAUGUAACAACAGGCAGAAUUUUGUAGGAAAGCACCUAGAGAGGAAAACUACAGAAUUAAGAAGGUUAAAAAAAAAAUGCUGAGGAGAAGCAGGAAACUUAUCUCCUUGAUGGCAUAUCUCCCCUUGGCAUGUGGUGGUGAUGGUAUUUCUAUAAUUUCAUACUUUCAAAUGUACUAAUAGGACUGAGAGAAGCUUUAGGAAGCAAGGAAUACUCAGAGUAAAACAGUUUAGGAAGGCAAAGAGAAGGUUGUUGAAUUUUCCAUUGUGAAUAGAGGGGAGAGCCACAGCCAAGCUAUUUUCAAAAACUAUCCCUGGCAUGUUUUUAGUUAAAGGGGCCUGUCAAGAUGGAAUAAGAUCAAGGUGGUUUCUCAGUCCUUGACCUACAAUCACUGUAUGGAAUCAAUCCUGGCAGCUGAAAAUAGAAGGUAAUUAGAACAAGUACACAAGUGAUAGUACGUAUCUGCUUUUAAAUUUCUUGGCUUACGUUUUAUCAACUACAGUAUGGUCCUUUUUCGAAGCCUUAAUUCAUGUCAGCAGCUUUUGGGGGUGUGGGGUGGGAGUGGGACAGAUGUUAUUCUUUCCUUUACUGUAAGUAUAGCUAGUUGCUGACUUAUAUCUCAGGUUUUUCUAUGUUUGAGAAAUGGAUAGUCCUUGGACUAGGAUGUGAUUUGUUUCCUAUGGUGACUGCUAAAACCAGCAUAGAAUAACAUGAUUCAGAACUGACUGGCUUGAUCAUGGGGAUUAUGAACUUCACAGACAUACUGGUAAUGUACAAAUAAUGUGCUAUGAUGUAGUAUAAAAGGGACACAGCAUGAACUGCAUAGGGAGCACGUUAUUACUGUACUGAAAAAUUUCUGUGAAAUGAUCCAAGUUACUUUUUAUAUAUACAUUUGUUUAUGUAAUCAGACAUUCUCAAGGUUUCACACAGUAAUUUUUGAUGUGUUAUGUAUACACACACCAAAUGUUUAACAGCUCACCACUUCCAGAAUCUGGUGACAUCUGUCAAACAGUUUUAAGAAAUGAAAGCUAUAGCUCCAUUGUUAAGUAAAUUUCAGGAGGCUUGGGGGACUUAGGUUCAGUUCAAUAGGAUCUUUGGGCAAAAAUUUGCCUUGUGUCAUUUAGAGUGUCUCUUGGCUAUGGUCCCCACUCCUUCCUGUAACUGUGAUGUACUCAUAUACUACAACUAUUAGUCCUUGAUCAGUAAUGUCCAAUAAUCAGUUCUUGGAAUCAAGACUACCAUGUCAAAGGGGCAACCUCCAAGGCAAGGCCUGGAGGUGCUUGGGUCUGUGGGUGGUGUGGGGGCUGGUUCUCUUCAGCAUGGAAUCACAGGGGAACCCCUGGAGUCUACUAGGAUGAUACAGAAUGGUGAUUUAAAGAGUUAAAAUAGGCUUCUGUGUGAGAAAUGCUGGAAAUUAAUUUAGGACAUUUGUAAAGUUAGGUGGAAAGACUGUAUAAAUGUUUAAUAUGAAUAUAGUGUUCUUUUGGAGUAAGGCAAGCUGUUGAAUGGUUAAAUUGUGCAUUUCUCAUUUUGAUGUGUCAUGUAUGUUAAUAUGAAAUAAAAUCAAAACUGGUACCUGUUUAUACAUAAAUAUGAGCAGCUAUAAACUUGAUGGGAAUAGCAUCGUCCAGAUUGUCAAAGGAAAGAGUGGUGGAACCUGCCCUGCUAUUCUCAAAUAAGGAUUUAGCUCAAAAUAAAAUAGUGGUGGUAUCAGACAUAUCUCAUUCACUUGGAACACCGGAUCAGUGGCUAACACUUCAGUGGCUGCCUUCUUUCUUUAAUGUGUAUACCUAAGGCACUCGAUAACUAUUUUGAUUGAUUUUAGAACACAUGAGUACAAGGUUGAAAGAAAAAGAUCAGCUACAUUGUAAUAUGUAAAGACCUUAUAAUUUUAGGAAAAAUGGAGGAAGGAUAGUUCUGUUCUCCAUGCUUGUCUUGGGUACUCUAAUGACCUACCUCUAAGCUUAUGACACUAGAUAUAUGAGACUAGAACCUUAGUGUAGUAAAAAUCAUGCAUUACAGGAAUGAACUAUUUACCUUUAGUGCAAGCAGAUGGAAUGACUAUAAAGGGAAGCACAAGUUAACCUCGCUGAAGUUGACUGUAAAAGGCUUCUGAGCUAAAGUUGGAUUUAAGAAAAUUUAAAAGGAUUAGACUGGGUGAGCUAGUACUAAAGGUGCCUUGGCCAGGAAGCUGCAGAAAAACAGGUGGUUGGGAUAGAAUCAAGGGAAUGUGAAGUAACUGCCUCUAGAGAUAGAAAGUAGUAGAGGAACAAGUGAUUGAAUAAGAGGCUUCAUGUGAGAAGGUUUAGAUCUCGGGAAGGCCUGAAGGUUAAGCCAACUGUCUACUUAAAGGUAGAGCUAGGAGGCUUUCAGAGAGCAACCUGAGCAGGCUAGGAGAGGACUGGUUUGGAUCCAACAUCUAAAAUUAGACAAACCAGGGAGAAAUAGGGAAGGUGUAGGUUUCUGAUAUGUGGAGGAAAAUAUAGCCAAAUUGGAAUGAGUCUUGAAUAUCCAAAGAGAUUUUGUGAAGGGCAGGGUGUGUAUACUGGAACUACUUGAUGAAAACUUUUUAGCCUCAAAAUACUCAUUUUAAAUAACUCUUGUCUGGUUUUGUUUUUCUGACAAUGUUAGGUCUAGUAAACAAAGUGUCUUUUCUUUGAAUAUUUUCUGCAUGUAUAAAUGAAAGAGGAGUUAUUGCUAGCAUUCUGUGAGAUCCAAUCAUCCUCAUACAGUGUAAUUACACUUGGUAUCUUUAAAGUGUGAAAUCAAUCAUCUUGAAAUAGUCACACCAGUCAUAUUGUUGCAGUUUGUGUUUAUACAUAAACAAGUUUCAUUCUUUUGGUCCUAGCUAAAAUACUACAAUCAGUUUAAAAAUGCUAUCCCACAGGAAAAGCAAAAUGUGACCUUAUAGAAACUGUUGUAGUUAAAAAGGAGGGUAACUUGGGAGUUAUGGUCUGGGCUCUCUCUGGUCAGGGAAUUUCAAAGACUGAAUUAAAAGUACUUCGUUCACAAAAGUGUUUAGCAUAAAUCAUGCACAGCUGAUAAUGGAACUGAUAGCCCUGAAAACUUUCCAAAUAGUCAUGGAUACACACCAGCAAACCACCUGAGAUGAUAGUGAUAUUCAAUUUAGUUGCUUCAGUUGUCAGAUUUUAUUUUUUGGCUUGGAGCAUAUGAAUAAUGUAGUUACUGGUUACCUGCUUUGUAGCCAUGAUGUUUGCUGAAUGAUAGUCAUAUCCAGGCCUAGUAUGUCAAAAAAUGCAAGACAUUUAGUAUUACCACCAAUUAGUGAACAAUGAUACCUCCUCUGGGACACUGUAUAGUUCCUGUCAAUGGAAUGAAGAUCAAAGUGGGGAAAUAAAAGCAAAAUUCAUAAGAAAAAGUCCACAAGAAGAUUUCUCACUUCCUACUCUAUCCUUCAAUCUUUAGUAUCAACAUUUUAAUUUCCUACUGAGUAUAUCUCAGUUUAGCUGAGGUAUAAAAUCAGGGAGACAAAGUUCUCAAUUACACUAGAAUUUUAACAUGUUUGCCCAUAGCUCUAAUUUCUAAAGAUUCCUAGUUCUGAGACUUGCUAGAGGAAAUGCCAAACCUGUUAAGUUCUACAAAUCAACACAACAGCACUUCAGUUUCUCAGGGCCAUUAGUUUAUGCCUUAGAAACUGUGUAGUACCUGUAAUGUAGGGUAAUAUCACCAGCUUUUUAAGUCUGAAGAACAAAAGCAAGCAUAUACAGAGAACACUGACGUUAAGAUGACCAAAAACUCAUUUGAGUGCACUCUAUAUUCCAGGAUAUGGAGUUCCUGAAACUCAGUUCAUCAAGUAUUUCCACAGAGAAUGCUAAACAGGUUCACAGUAUAUUUCAUAUUCUAGUAGUUUAUCUUGUAAGAGGCCAGACUUUAUACUUUAAAAUAUAUAGAGAGAACUGCAUGUAUACAAGGUGCUACAAAUGAUAAAACUUAGAAACGCAUUAUAAGCUCUCAUGAAAUCUACAGUAUACUUGUUCUUAACUGUC